AUGAUCACCUACCUACUGUUCUACGUCAUGGAUUACUCCGACACAGGCAUCAUCGAGCGCUCGGAAUUCAUCCAGGGGGUAGUGGGUCUUUGUGACCAGAUCCGGCCCAUGUCCAUUAUGGAGUUGCACUACCAGGUCUCCAAAUGUGUCACCAAGAUGGAGAGCAACGAGGUGAAGAUCGAGAACUUGGUCAAGGUCAUGGACAUCUAUGAUGGCAAGAUGGAUCGCGUCGAGCGCAUCGUGCGGGACAUGGCGGAGGUUCUGCGGCGCGCGGCCCAGGCGCCCAGCGGAAGCGCCACGCACACGCCCGACAACUCCAGGCGCUCCUCCCGCGUCAUGGACACCAUCACCUCCGCGGGCUCCGUCAGCUUCGCGGAGCCCUGUCCGCAGGCUCCGGAGAAUCCGCCCGCCACCACGCUGGCGGUGUUUUCCCGGGCGCCCGCGCUGGGCGCGCGGGCGGCCCUGGGGGUGUCUUGGGCCGUGGCAGAGUUGGGCCAGGAGCCUGAGGUCGAGGACAUGAAUCUCUCCCCAGACAGUGGCGAACGCUGGAGCGCGGAGAGCGAUUGCGGCCACUGCAACCUCCGCGAGCCCGGGGAUGUGAACUCGAAAGGCGUGCUGGCAGAGGUGCUGCAAAGCCACAGCACCUUGCUCGCAGAAGCCCGCGAGGCCUUCAAUGCCGGCAGCGAGGCGCCAGAGCAGUCGAUGCGUUCGCUGGUGGAUUGGACGCUGCGGCUGCAGCUGGCGCACGUGAAAGUGCUGUCCGCCUUGGUAGAUCCCCGGGAAGCUGACGGCCACACGAAGGAGCAGUGA